AUGAUGAAGGCUGUGAAGAAGCUCAAAAUCUGGUCAAGAUCCAAGAAGAAAAGGAAGUACCUUGAGGAGCCCCACUACCCUGUUCCGAUGCACCAGUGUUGUUGCUGUUCAUGCUCCUCCGUCCAGUCCUCAGCUCCUCCAUUGCCGCCAUGGCCUGAUCAAUUCUCAUAUCAGAUUCAAGCUGAUGAAACAGAAGGUGUAGAAGAAAGUAAAUUCAUCCAUUCAAAAUUCCCUCAAGUAGACGAAGGUAUAAUCACGAGUAGGUCAAUGUAUCAGCAAUAUAUGGUUCAAAAUCCUGUGUAUGACAUGCCUGAGCCUGUUGUUGAGAUAGUUAGAAGAGAAAGAUCAGUCUUAGCAAAUAUCAUCUUCCCUGUCCCUCCAAUCCCACUUGCUAUGUCAACUCCAUUUGAUCCAUCUUGA